AUGGAACAACGGCAGAGAAUCACGAUCCGUACGACGCUCCCGCUCAUCCCGCCCAACGACUCUCGCGAUGAAAUGCACACUCCGCGGCUCAUAAUCCGAGCGCCACGCAUCUCAGACGUGCCCGCUCUACACAAGCUUCGCAUCCAGCAUGAAGCUAUGAAGUAUUCCGUCGAGGGCGCGGACAAGACUCUCGAGGACACACGCAGGAGCCUAGACGUGAUGCUCCCCCCAAACGACAUCAAAUCCUAUCGCUUCCACAUUUUUGAAAAGGACACGGGCGACUUGGUCGGCAAAGGCGGCAUGCACAGCAUCUCAGGGCGCUGCUUUGGGUGGCCAGAGGUUGGCUACACGUUCAAACAGGAGGCAUGGGGGAAGGGAUACGCCACCGAGUUCCUGACGGCUUUUCUCCAGAGCUGGUGGAGUUUGCCUCGCAGCGAGGUGGAGGUUGAGGUUGAUGCGACGAGCCUGGAUGCACAAGCGCUGGAGACGGGCGAUGAACCUGUUGUCGAGAUGCUCGUUGCCGUAGUAGACGUGGCAAAUCCGGGAAGCAGGAAAGUGUUGGAAAAGACAAAGUUCAAGCAGUUCAAGCAGUGGACGACCAAAGACAUCCGGUUGGCUAACAAGGGGGGAGACGUCACCCUGGUGGGAUUGAUGGCAGUGGCCCCAGCGCAAGAGCGAAACUGA